AUGAGAGACAUCCCAGUAGGGGGAAAUGUGACCCUAAACUGCUCUGUGAACCCAUCAUCAUCAUCAUCUGGAUGGAAACACUUCUGGUACAGAGAUGAGAACUCCUCUGAACCUCUGACCACACAAGAUGCAGUUUUCCACUCAAAUGGACAAAUCAGUGUCUCACAGGAAGGACUCUACAGGUGCAGAGGAGGAAGAGGAAACCCAGUUUACUACACAGAGGACAGCCAGUCAGUCAGGAUUGAUCACAGGGCACCUGAAAGCUCUUCAUUUCUCACUCCUUUGAUCGUUGGACUCGUUUGUGGGAUUUUACUGAUUCUUUUUCUUCUGCUUUUGUGUCGCUUCAAACAGUCAAAGGAUUCAUUCUUUGCCAGGACUCGGAGCACAAAUCAGAGCUCUGCAAUGAACCACAUGAUCAAGGAUGAAGCUCAACACAGUCGACAUGCUUCUACUGUCCAAGGUGAUGCUUGUGUUUAUGAAUCAAUCAAAGACCACGAUGACACACAAAAUGAUGACAGUGUGCUGUAUGCACAGGUCUCCCAUGAUAGAGCUAAAACCAAGAAAGACAACGAUGACAGCCUGUUGUACGCACAGGUCUAUUACACUAAAGCAAAACCUAAGAGACACAAAGGUAAGUAA